GGGAGGGGCAUGCGCACGAGUGGAAACUGCGAUGUUGGGAGCUUACAUCAGUGCGUCGUCAGAGCUCAGUCUUCAGUCUCAUCAGCCAAGCAGGGACGCAUUUUAGGUUUCAAAGAGGUGCGUUUACCAAGGAGGCAGACAGCGGAUCUUCACACGGAGGAAACCAGUCCACGCAGCUGACGGAGAGACACAGACGAGCAUCAUGACUCAGGGCAAGCUGUCACUUGCCAACAAGGCCGAUGAGUCCUCAAACGGAGAGGCCUUCGUGGCACCAGUUCCCCCCACGUAUGAGGAAGCCAUCUCAGGUGCCAGCGCUCCUUGCUACAAUGAUAUAGAGAUGCUCACAGAGUUCACCUGGGAUGAUGUCAACAUCAGGAGAGUCUUCAUUCGUAAGGUGUACUCUAUCCUGAUGAUCCAACUUUUGGUCACCUUCGCAAUUGUGGCUCUUUUUACAUUCUGUGAUCCAGUGAAAGACUACAUUCAAACCAACCCUGGGUGGUAUUGGGCCUCAUAUGCGGUGUUCUUCGUCACCUACUUGACUCUGUCUUGCUGCUCUGUACCCAGGAGACGGUUUCCAUGGAAUCUCAUCCUCCUUGCUGUCUUUACCUUAUCCCUUUCCUACAUGACUGGAAUGUUGUCCAGCUUCUAUAACACCAAGUCAGUAGUGAUGUGCCUGGGUAUCACAGUGGCAGUCUGCCUUGUGGUCACAAUCUUCAGCUUCCAAACCAAGUUCGAUGUGACCUCAUGCCAUGGCGUACUGUUCAUCUUCUGCAUGGUGAUGUUCAUCUCUGGAGUGGUGCUGGCCAUCGUCCUCCCUUUUCGAUAUGUACCCUGGUUGGAUGCCACCUAUGCUGUCCUGGGAGCCAUUCUAUUUACAAUGUUUUUGGCGUUCGACACGCAGCUCCUUAUGGGGAACAAGAAGUACGCCAUGAGCCCAGAAGAAUACGUGUUCGCCACCCUCAACAUCUACCUGGACAUCGUGUACAUCUUCUCCUUCUUCCUCCAGAUCUUCGGAGCCAAACGAGAUUAAAAACCCACCCAUCAGAUGCGCAGAUAAGGGCUGCACCAUUGUAAAAAAACAAACAAAAAACAACUUAAGAUGUUGCCGAUCAUGGUGACUGUGUUUUCGGUUAGCUUUUCUUUGUCUUUUUUUCCCUAUUCUAAGUCAGGGAUACUUCGCGAAUCAGCUGUACAGCUAGACGUGCACACGGACACAUAUUCAUAAAUAUCCUCACCACAAGUUGCGCGAUACCUUCCAAUCCAGUCUCCAGCAUGUUUGUGAACCCCACCUGCAGGUUACCUUGCAAGCUUUACGAGCCAGAAACUGUCAGUGAUUUGUGAUGUCUCUUCAUUUGGUCUCGACGAAACAGUCCGGGUGUGUCCAUACGUAGUAUAGCUGUAUCGGUGCACAUAACAAAUUUCAUUGGCCAUUUAGGAUUCAUCGAAAUGACAAGACAUGACGCAUGGCUCUUAGCUCAAACGUAGGCAAACACUCAUUAGUACCUUUUUUUUUGAUGGUUGGCGUGAAUCUACUUAUAAACUGAUAGGACAAAUGUGACUUUAAAAUCCAUUUCAAAAAUGUUUAUAUGCACAUGAUUUCUUGUGCUGUCUGUCAUAAUACAUUGUCGUUUCUGUGCUGUGAGUAGCAAGUGCUCUGCUGUAUUCAACAACGCGACAGUAGGUAAUGACAAUCUGAAAAUGAUUUUUUUUAACAUUCAGUAGAAAUUAUUGUACUAUUCAUACUUGCUUAAAUGUGUGAAUGCACAUUAAUCAGUUAAUUUAAAGUAGUGGUGAUUUAUUUAUUUAUUUAUUGUUAUCGGUGUGACUGCAAAGCUUCUGUUCAUCGUGCUUACUUAGACGUAAUGCAGGCCUGUGAUUUGUCCAACAUGUGUGUUUAAACCGACAUGCUUCUAUGGAGGAUUCAUGAUUGAUGUCUUUCAGAAAGAUGUUCAGACUGAGCCUUAUAGGUUUUAGUGUUACCGAUGUGAGAACUUUCAAUCAAUUCGACGGCUUCGCCUGCGAGCAAAUAUCAAACUGAACUGUGCCAAACUUGCAGGGACUUUAUGCACCUUUUAAUGGGGACCGCGUUUGUCAUGGAACUUGAAUGCUGUCGUUUUCAUUUUUAAACUAUUUUAGAUAUUUAAAGUUACAGGUCUGAAAGGAAUUUGUAGGAGUUUUAAGGUGUCCUUUUUACUACCUUUAUUUUGUGAUAUUGGUGCAAUAUGUUGUGUUUUGAGAGGACUCUGCAUUUCCUUCUGGAACUGAUGUUACUGUAUAGUUUAUUAAAGAGUGUGUAUAAAUAUAAUCACCUGUUCUGAUUACACAUGCUGAGAUUCAACACCUUUAACGGGUUGCAUUUACUGUUAAAUAUCUGAAAGACCAUAUGGGAAACUCUGGAACGAAAACGAUCCGUUCCGAGCAAAAUGUCUCAAGUUUAACAUCCGUAGUAUUUCCACUACACUGUUGUGGAAAUAUUUAGGGGAUUUUAUUUGAUAAAUGAACACAAAGUAGCACAAACUGAAGAAAUAGAAGAAAGAGGGAAGAUAUUUAUUUAUUUUAUUUUUUCACAAAUGAAAAUCUGAAAUGUUUGACAUUCCAAUGUAUUCAUCUCCCUUUGCUCUGUUACCCCUAAAUAAAAUCCAGUCCUGACAGUUCC